GGGCCCCGCGGAGGGGAGGAGAAGAAGAGGAAGAAGAAAAAGAGGAAAGCGGCGGCUAAGGUGGAAGAAGAUACAGAAACUAAAAAAGCAAAACCUGAAGAUGAAUCUGUGGAGGUAGAAGAUGAAGAUAAGGAGGAUUCUGGAGAGAAAGAAGUGGAAGAGGAGGGGGAGGAGGAUGAAGUGCCUAGUUUACCACUAGGUGUAACAGGUGCUUUUGAAGACAAUUCUUUUACUUCCCUGGCUGGUGUUGUCAGUGAGAAUACACUGAAAGGCAUAAAUGACAUGGGGUUUACACACAUGACUGAAAUUCAGCAUAAAAGUAUUAAGCCACUUCUGGAAGGCAGGGAUAUUUUAGCAGCUGCAAAAACUGGCAGUGGCAAAACACUUGCAUUUCUUAUUCCUGCAAUAGAGCUCAUCUACAAGUUAAAAUUCAUGCCUAGAAAUGGAACAGGUGUCAUUAUUCUUUCUCCUACUCGAGAGCUUGCUAUGCAAACUUAUGGAGUUCUUAAAGAACUUAUGAAUCAUCAUGUUCACACAUAUGGUCUGAUAAUGGGGGGCAGUAACAGAUCAGCAGAAGCGCAGAAACUUGGAAAUGGAAUCAACAUCAUUGUAGCAACACCAGGAAGACUGCUGGAUCAUAUGCAGAACACUCCGGGUUUCAUGUACAAGAACUUGCAGUGUUUGGUAAUUGAUGAGGCAGAUCGUAUCUUGGAGGUUGGAUUUGAAGAAGAAAUGAAACAGAUCAUAAAACUUCUACCAAAGCGCAGACAGACAAUGCUUUUUUCUGCUACACAAACCAGAAAGGUUGAAGAUCUGGCAAAGAUCUCUCUGAAGAAAGAGCCGCUAUACGUUGGGGUUGAUGAUAACAAGGAGACAGCAACAGUGGAUGGUCUUGAACAGGGGUAUGUAGUGUGUCCAUCUGAAAAAAGAUUCCUUUUGCUCUUCACAUUCCUCAAGAAGAACCGGAAGAAGAAACUAAUGGUAUUUUUUUCUUCAUGUAUGUCGGUGAAGUACCACUAUGAAUUACUCAACUAUAUUGAUCUGCCUGUUUUGGCCAUUCAUGGCAAGCAGAAACAAACCAAACGCACUACAACGUUUUUCCAGUUCUGUAAUGCAGAAUCUGGAAUACUGUUGUGCACCGAUGUCGCUGCCAGAGGAUUGGAUAUUCCUGAAGUUGACUGGAUUGUCCAGUAUGACCCUCCAGAUGAUCCAAAAGAAUAUAUUCAUCGUGUUGGUAGAACAGCCAGAGGCAUAAAUGGUAGAGGACACGCUCUGCUCAUUUUAAGACCAGAAGAACUGGGCUUUCUUCGUUACCUAAAACAAGCCAGGGUACCUCUAAGUGAAUUUGAAUUUUCUUGGUCAAAAAUUUCAGACAUCCAGUCUCAGCUGGAAAAGCUGAUUGAGAAGAACUACUUCCUUCACAAGUCAGCCCAGGAAGCAUACAAAGCUUAUAUUAGAGCUUAUGACUCCCAUUCUCUGAAGCAGAUCUACAAUGUCAAUAACUUGGAUCUUCCCAAAGUCAGCCUGUCGUUUGGUUUUAAAGUUCCUCCGUUUGUUGACCUCAAUGUGAACAGCAACCAUGGCAGAAGACUCCAGAAAAGAGGUGGAGGUGGAGGAUUCGGUUACCAGAAAUCAAAGAAUGUCCACAAAGCUAAAAUCUUCAAACACAUUAGCAAGAAGUCAGAUAGUCGGCAGUUUUCUCGUUAA